AUGUUUUUUUUAAACCUGCAAGUGAAAAAUAACAACAACACGCACAACAACGGAACAGAGAAGAAGAGAAAAUUCCGAACUCGAAUCGGAACCGCACGCGUCAAACCUCCGCGAACACCGCCACACCAUGCCCGGCUUAGCAACCUCUUCCGCAUUCACCACCUUCGCAGAAGCACAGACCUUCGACUACCGCACCAAAAUCCCGACCGAUUCAACUCCGACGAGCCCAGAUUUCGUUUCGUUCGCUUCUGCUGGCAACAGACCGAUGGGCAGCCACCGUCGCGUAAACGCCGACGAAGUCACCUUCCUCCGUACACCCUCGCCGCGAAUCACCGGAAACCGCCACCGUUGUGA